AUGAUCCCCAGAGCCUACAUCGCUCGAAUUACCCCUAAGCUUAGACCACAGCGCCUAUCCUUGUCCCUUUCAAGGCUCAAUUCGCGUCACGGGCACUGCAGGACCUUGUUCCUCGACCAGGUUGACGAUGCGAUUAUCGACCGCCUUCACCCUGGCCAGCCCAAGUCGACCCCGGCAACCUCGAAACCUGUCCCAGCUUCUGACGUCAAGCCGGCACAGGUAUCGACCCCGACCCAACUCGUACCCCCCCCCACCACUACGGACGUGCCUCUCUCAACCACUAAGGACAUCAAUCCCUCCGAUAAACCGACAUCGAUCACCCCGCCCGGUCAUGAGGAGAUGAACCGCACCCGCACAUCGCGUCUCGGCGUUGCAACUUAUGGUCCCCUCACCAACAGGCCUUUGGAUCAUAAAUCUUUUUACGACACUUACGAUGCAUUGGUCAACAUGGGAUUCUCCGACAUCCGAAUCGUCGUAGAGGUGAUGGGCGCUCACUAUUGCUACAUCGUUUAUGUCCGAGCCAUGACCCACAGGUUCAACCACCGCAACCCCCCGAUUAUCAUCUGCGUCACUGAGCACCCAGCUCGGCUUUCCAUAAACAAUUUCUUUCAUCAAGCUCAGCAGCUCAUCUGCCGGGAGGCUCUCGUCGAGAGCAUCUCCGAGGUUGUCCCCACUUGCCAUUCCGAGACUGGCGAGUUUGAACAACUCAAGUCUAAAGGAUGGAAACAGAGGGACCUGAACAAGCAACCGGAGUAUACUCGCGACCGGAAGGGGCGACGAGCCGACGACUCAGGGAAGUUCGGGCUGGUUGGACCUAUAUCGCAAGCAGCUAUUAGCUUGAUCCGUAAGGAUCAGUGA